CCCCCGUGUCCCUCCGGUCCCCGCCGGUCCCCGUGUGUCCGCAGCCGGGCCGGAGCAUGGCUUGGGGCGAGCUCGGGCUGCUCCGCUGGCUGCGGGAGAGCCGCCAGUCCCGCAAACUCAUCCUGCUCAUCGUCUUCAUCGCGCUGCUGCUGGACAACAUGCUGCUCACCGUGGUCGUGCCAAUAAUUCCCAGUUACCUUUACAGCAUCGAACACCAGAAAAAUGCCACAGAAAUCCAGACUGCCAAACCCAACCUCCCCUCAGCCACCAUGGACAAUUUUCAGAGCAUCUUCUCCUACUACGACAAUUCCACCAUGGUCACUGGAAACGAAUCUGACAAGACACAGCCUGCAGAGCUGCAUCAGAGCCAGACAGAGCCCAUGGUUGUCAGAGUGACUCCCUCUCCCUCUGACUGCCCCAAGGAUGACAAGGAGCUGCUGAAUGAGAACGUCCGGGUCGGCCUCUUGUUUGCUUCAAAGGCAACAGUGCAGCUGAUGACCAACCCCUUCAUAGGGCCCCUGACAAACAGAAUAGGCUACCAGAUCCCACUGUUUGCUGGCUUCUGCAUCAUGUUUGUUUCAACAAUCAUGUUUGCCUUCUCUGGAAGCUAUGCACUACUAUUUAUUGCCAGGUCCCUUCAAGGAGUGGGCUCCUCAUGUUCUUCUGUGGCAGGGAUGGGAUUGCUUGCCACUGUUUACACGGAUGAUGAAGAGAGAGGCAACGCCAUGGGAAUUGCUCUUGGAGGCCUGGCUAUGGGAGUAUUAGUGGGCCCCCCCUUUGGGAGUGUCAUGUAUGAGUUUGUGGGGAAGAGCUCUCCUUUCCUGGUGCUGGCAGCCCUGGCUCUGUUUGAUGGAGCUGUUCAGUUACUUGUCCUGCAGCCCUCCAGAACACAGGCAGAAAGUCAGAAGGGGACUCCUUUACUGACACUUCUGAAGGACCCCUACAUCAUUAUUGCAGCAGGCUCAAUCUGUUUUGCAAACAUGGCUAUUGCUAUGCUUGAACCAGCUUUACCCAUCUGGAUGAUGGAGACCAUGUGCUCAAAAAAAUGGCAGCUUGGCGUCGCUUUUCUUCCAGCCAGCAUCUCUUAUCUCAUUGGGACGAAUCUUUUUGGGAUACUUGCACACAAAAUUGGAAGGUGGCUUUGUGCUUUGCUCGGGAUGCUAAUCGUGGGAAUAAGUAUUUUAUGUGUACCGUUUGCUAAAAACAUUUACGGGCUCAUAGCACCAACUUUUGGUGUUGGAUUUGCCAUAGGGAUGGUGGACUCCUCCAUGAUGCCAAUCAUGGGCUACCUGGUGGAUCUGCGCCACGUGUCAGUCUAUGGCAGUGUGUAUGCCAUAGCUGACGUUGCCUUUUGCAUGGGUUUUGCCAUAGGUCCCUCUGCUGGUGGUGCCAUUGCCAAGGCCAUUGGAUUCCCAUGGCUUAUGACAAUUAUAGGAAUUGUGGACAUCAUCUUUGCACCCCUGUGCUUUUUCCUUCGAAGUCCACCUGCCAAAGAGGAGAAAAUGGCAAUACUCAUGGAUCACAACUGUCCUGUGAAAACAAAAAUGUACACCCAGAACAACAUCCAAUCCUACCCCAUAGGUGAAGAAGAGGAGGAAUAUGAAAGUGAUGAAUAACAGAAAAGCCAUAUAACAUAUUUAGGUGUACAAAAUGCUGUGGUUCAUGUGAAACAUCUCAUCCAGAAAUAGGUUUUAGCUGUACUGUACAUUUAAUAGUGAAAUGGUCAGAAAAACCAAAGGUAUAUUAUUUAUUGCCCGUGACUAUGAAGCAGACUGCAAACCGCCUUAUGGGGGGAAAGAGCUUUUAUAGACCAUUUGUAUAGUGUUACUCUUUGUGUAUUUAAUUUUAUUGAAUAUUACACUCUAUUUUUUAUUAAAUGUGUAGUAUAAAUCUGUAUAAAAUGUGAAUUUUAACUAUUUGGUUUUUAAGUCACCUCAUUGACAAUAUUUCAUAUUUUAUUUGAAGUCAUAGGUUACUGUCAAACUUGAGUCUUUCUUAUUUAAUUGGAAAUUUUAAAAAACAACUCUCAAAGAAAACCCAUCCAAUUUGCACCUUUUUAAGUGACACCCUUGUAAGUGCAUUGAGAGGAGCUGGAAUUCAGAGUGUGGACAGCCCUUUCACUUUUUUCAUCAACUUCAGGUCCUAAUAAUGUAUACAAAAAACUAAGUAAGAGGCACAACUUCUCUGCCAGUUUAAAUACUGACUUCUCCCUGAACCCCCAGUAUUGAGGAAAACGUUUAAGAGAUGAGUGUAUUGCUAUUAUUGGUAUCUAACAAAGUUUUAAUGAAGCAGUUGUGCAAUGUGAGGCCCCCCAACACAGAGCACCAGGUAAACAUGCACUGUUCCUGUCCCUGCGAAGGGACAGGAAUGUAACAGCAUGAGGAUACUUUUUGUAUUUCUAUCUUUUGGAUCUUUUAACAUAUUUCAACUUUAUUUUAGUUUCUUUAUCUUCAGUGAGUGGUUAGGAACAGCUGCAGUAUUACUGUAUUUAGUCUUAGCAUGUACUGAAAGUGAGCUGCUCACUGGAGCAGUUCAAACAACUCUUUUACAUGCAUUUAUGUAUACAUCUAAAAAUUCAAUGUACAGUUAUUUUUUUAAAUGAGUUCAAAUGCAUUCUUUGCUUAAAAAAUUGGAAGAAACAGCCAGUUUGUUGCCAAUCUCUCACAACAUUUGGGGACACAGCCCAAUACAGCUGAAGUAUUGUAUUAGGCAUUUGCCUGCACUUAAUAAAAACAAGACUUGGAAAGAAAGCAUUUUAAAAACAAUCCCAAUGUCCUUCUCAGCCAUGGUGUAUCAUUUCAUUUGUAAAAUGAAAAUCUUUAUGUGCCUUCUCUCAUGUAAUUGCAGAUGUUUUAUGUACUACAGCAUAGAUAAUAUGUUUACAUAUAGUUUUGUAAAGCAUAUAUACUAUGGUCAAAAAAUAUGAAAAAAUAUAGUGGAUGAAACUUCAAGUAUUGCUCUGUCAAUAAUUAUGCAUUCAGAACGCAUCAAAAUAAAGUUAUCUGACAGAA